AUGACCGGGCCGGCCACCGCGGGCCCAGCUCCGCUCAGGUACAACCAGCAGGCAACCAGCGCCGCGACGUCGGCGCUGCCUCCAGCGCUCUGCGGGCGCCUGCGGGCCCUAGGCGGCGGCGAGCCUCCGCGCGCUUGCGCAGGAACCCUCCUUCUCAAGCCACACCACCUGCAUGUGGGGCAGGUCGCUGAGGGUCUCGGGGCCGGACCCAGUCCGGUGCCUGGGGCACGUGGGGCUGAGAAGCCUGGGAAAACGACCGCUAAGAGAAGAAAGAUGGGUCUAGCAGCACCCACGGGCCCUGGGACGGCUUGUGGCCACAAGCGGGCGCCCCGGAGCACGGCCCGGCCCUCCCCCUCUGGCGGGCCACAUCCCUCCUUCCCGGCCCCAGCCCUUCCCAGCUUCCCCGCCCCGGGCCCCAGUCGCCGCCUGCACUCGCCUGCCUCAUAUCUGCGCGAGCCCACGCAGCUCCCCAGGUGCUUCACCAGCACAGCAGCAGGUAUGGCGGGCGUGGAGCAGCAUGAGGGCACCAUCCAGGUGCAGGGCCAGAGCCUCUUCUUCCGAGAGGCUCGGCCGGGCAGUGGACAGGCCGCCCGCUUCUCUGUGCUGUUGUUGCAUGGCAUACGCUUCUCCUCCGAGACCUGGCAGAACCUGGGCACACUGCACAGGCUGGCCCAGGCUGGCUACCGAGCUGUGGCGGUGGACCUGCCAGGUCUGGGGUGCUCCAAGGAAGCAACAGCCCCUGCCCCUAUUGGGGAGCUGGUCCCCAGCAGCUUCCUGGCAGCUGUGGUGGAUGCCCUGGAUCUAGGCUCCCCAGUCGUGAUCAGCCCGUCGCUGAGUGGCAUGUACUCCCUGCCCUUCCUCACGGCCCCAGGCACCCAGCUCCGGGGCUAUGUGCCAGUGGCCCCCAUCUGCACUGACAAAAUCAAUGCUGCCGACUAUGCCAGAGUGAAGACCUCGGUUCUUAUCGUAUAUGGAGACCAGGACCCCAUGGGUCAGACCAGCUUUGAGCACCUGAAGCAGCUGCCCAACCACCGGGUGUUGGUCAUGGAGGGGGCAGGACACCCCUGUUACCUUGACAAACCAGAGGAGUGGCAUACAGGGCUGCUGGGUUUCCUGCAGGGGCUGGCAUGAGGUGCAGCCCUGCUGAUGGGGGUGGGCCACUUGCCUGCCUUGGGCUCCUUCGCUCAUUCUCUUUCCUUCCCUCCGUGGGCUCCUGCUCAUCCUGCACAUGCAACAGGUGUGUCUGCCUGUCUGUCUGGGUUCUUUUCUUUAAGGGUCUGUCUUUUCCUCUUCUUUCUCUUGCAGUGACAGACUGAAGAGGUGAAAUCAAGAGACAACAAUUCAGGAAUCAAGGGACAUAAUCUGGUGGAGAGUUAUCCAUUAGAUGAGCAUCUCCUAUAGGCUUUCCUGCUCAGGUUGCAUUCCUUCCUCUGCUCUGCCCAGCCUCCCCCGACCUCCCACAUCCUCCUUUGGCUGCCCUGCUGGGCACACACCUCCCCUAUCUCUGCCUCUUAGGACACAAAUACAUACAUGCUCUCAUGGGUGCUUACACAUUAGAUCAUCUCUGUUCCCAAAUAUGACCUUUCACUUGGGGGCAACCACACAGGUGCACACAACUCUGGGCUGACCCGCACACUCAUAGCAGCUUUGCAUUGCAUGCACAGACACACAAGCGUGCUGUGCCCCCAUGCAAGCACUUGCACAGGCACAUGCUGCCCUCCCUAACUACACAGCACCCCAUGUCUGGGAAGGUGGGGACCCCAUGAGGCCAGCCCUUGCAGGAGACCCUCUCCCAGGCUUAGGGUGUGGCCAGCUCAGAACUUCCCUCACCCACAGGUUGCAGCUGGCCCCAGAUAAGAAAUACCCCCAAAAGGGAAAUGCCACCACUUUGACUCUCAGAUCUCCCAGCUUUUCCACUUUCUUCUGGGUGCUCCACAGCUCCCCAGGUUAUUAGGCCUGGGUCUUCUCAGCCAAGCUAGUUUCCUGCUCUGAGCUUUGCGGGGGGGCGGCGGGGGGCGGUGUGAGACAGAGAGUGGAGGUCUGUGAAAUAAAGUGAUGCAAUUAGACCCCGCAGGCUCUUGCUGUCUCCA